CAACUGAGAAGGAGCUCGAAGAUGCUUACAACAAAUAUAAAAACUUCUAUGUCAAAUACCAUAGCGACCACCCCGCAACAACCACAGACUGCUAUGACGAAUAUCGUGCAACACUCGGCAAGCAAGUUGACAGAGUAAGUGAAGAGAUAAUACCUGAAGAAGCAGAAGAUGGCCCUGACAGUUUGAUGGUGAUAACACCCGAGCGUCUCAAGAUAUUCACUGACUAUAUGGAGAGUCACCGCGUUGGCCUAGUACGCAGUCCGCCAUAUUCGGGCAAGACCACGCUCAGCAGACGACUGCAAGAACAUUUCCGCACUCAGGGUAUUAAUGCCGUUUAUAUUAACCUAGCAGCAUUUGCGAAGGAGUUGGAAGAAGAAGAAGAAUGCACCUAUGCCCGCUUUAAUGCAUAUUGGGAGUCGAAAACUAAUAAUUCUUGGGAGAGUCUUAUGCAGUAUACAAUGCCAAUUAAGAUUAUUGUCGAUGAGGCACAGGUUAUUUAUAAUACUGCCGCGUCCUUUUGGGGGUCUUUGAAAUUUAUUUUAUCGGAUCUACGCAGCCAUAACUUCCGGAUACUCCUCUUGAGCACAUAUCAUCCGACUUACAAUAUUGUGACACCCAUGACGUUCCCAGAUGCACUUGGAUUAUCCUCUCUUCGUUUGACACAGCAUGAAGUUGAAGAGCUUGUGAGAAAUUACGUCCACAAGCGACAGAGCGGUACUAUUGGUCGGCCCUUCAGCAUCCCGAAACUCGUAGAGAACACAAUAUUCAAUUUUACCCAUGGAUAUGCCGGCUUGUGUCGGACAGCUUUGUCAGAUUUACGCCAGAAAUUCCCAAAUGGUGGGUCACCAAAUGACAUGCUCAAACAUCUAGCUUCAACACGAUUUUUGAACCGUUUAAUGACUUUGCGUGCUCUUUACUGGGCACAUGAGUGGGAUCCAACAGAGUCAGAAGCUGACCUUUUGCGUAGAUUAUUACUCAAGUGUGACCCUGACUCAACCUUUCAGCCCCUUAACAUCGCAUCAUUCCCACAGCUUGGAAAGUACCUCAAGAUUGGUAUUAUCAUCGAAGACAAUGACACCGGAAGAAUGUAUUUUGCUGCCCCCAUUUUGCGGAUUGUCCUGAGCAACUGA